GUGACUGAAAACAUUUGAGCGCUGCAGUAUCGCGACUCAACAGAGAACACCGUGCUGUCUCCCUCCGCGUGUCGUCUCUGCGUGUCCUCACAAAAUAAACGCACACUGGAUUAUUAAAUUCACACAAACAUCUGGACUUACACGCUCUUACUGAACGCAAACGUACUAGACUUUAUUCAGGAUGGAUUCAAUACGACGGGUUCCAACGAGGAUGAAGAACAGAAUGCAAGAAACGACUUUAGGAGCUGAGAGAGAGCAUUUUGAGAAACAGCAGCUCAGCAGUAUCAGUAAGGCCAUCAAUUCAACAGAAAGCCCACUGAAGGAGAAACAUGCACGCAGAAUUAUUUUGGGGACACACAGAGAGAAGGGGGCUCACACUUUCUGGUCAUACGCCAUCGGUUUGCCUUUGUCCAGUAAUGCCAUCGUCAGCUGGAAGUUCGGCCAUGUAUUACACAAAAUCCUGCGCGACGGGCAUCGCAAUUGCUUACAAGACUGCAUGAGACACUACAGUAACAUCGCCGAAACAGGGUUACUCUGGAAUAACAUACGAGACAGACAUGGCUAUGGACAGCUGGUUUCAUUACAUUGCAAGCUUCUCUGUACCAAAAUGGAGUUUCACACUAAGCACACUGAAAUCCCAGGCAGCCUAGAGGCAUCAGAUGAACUCCUGGAGCGAACGGCAGGAACAGACAUCAAUAAUGUGUUUCAGCUCACAGUUGAGGUGUUUGAUUAUAUGGACACAGAACUUCGAUUAGCAGAAGCAGUGCUUCGCCAGCUCAAUAUGUCCAUUGCCAUCUCCACACUGACGUCAGGACAGUGUAAACUAGCUCCUCUCAUCCAGGUCAUCCAGGACUGCAGUCAUCUAUAUCACUAUACUGUCAAACUGCUCUUCAAACUACACGCCUGUUUACCAGCAGACACACUACAGGGACACCGCGAUCGCUUUCAUGAACAAUUUAACAGCCUCAAAACUUUCCUGAACAAAGCACGAGACAUGAUGUACUUCAAGAGACUUAUUCAGAUCCCAAGACUGCCCGAUUCUCCACCGAAUUUCCUGCGGGCGUCCGCGCUAGCAGAGCACGUGAAGCCUAUGGUUGUCAUCCCAGAUGAAGAUGAACCAGAGGAACAGGAGGACGAUGAGACUUUAAUAGAUGUCAGCGAGACGAUACCCGUAAUGUCCUCUCAGCAAUCGGUGGACAUAUUUGAUCAGGCAUUUGGACCACCAAAUAAUGGAUUCGAUGAUCGGGACCUCCAAAUCGAACGUCUGAAGCAAGAAAUCGAAAUGCUACAAGCUGAGCUUGAGAGAAUCAAAGGAGAGGCUCAGCGGUACAUCACACAGCUGAAGUCACAGAUCAACAGUCUGGAGGCCGAGCUGGAGGAGCAGCGCCUGCAGAAACAGCGCACGCUGGUGGAGAACGAACAACUGCGUAUAGAGCUGGAGAGUUUUUGCCAGCGCAGUCUUGAACAUGACAGUCUGCAGGCCACAUUUACAGAGGCUGAGAAGAAAGCCCAAGCAACAGAGAUGCGCUACAAUAAACUGAAAGAGAAGCACGCUGAACUGGUCGCCAACCACGCUGAACUUCUCAGAAAGAGUGCAGAUACAGUAAAGAUGCUGUCAGCCACACAGCAGACUCAAGAAGAUGUGGAACGAACUAAACAACAGUUGGCCUUUGAGGUAGAAAGAGUCAGACAAGAGUUGGACAUGAAGAUGGAAGAGCAGAAGUUUGACAUGGACCGACUGCGACGAGAAUUGGAAGAGAAGAAUUCAGAGAUCCAAAGAGUCAAGACUUCACUGCAGACCACUGAGAAGGCUGGAGAGUCGCUGAACAGCUCUAUGACUGCACUUCAGGCAGAGAAAGAGAGAUUAAUGCGCUCUGUGAGCGAGAAAGAUGCAGAACUGUCGUCCCUGAAACAAACGGCUCAGCUGAAGGAGUCGUCUCUUCUGCAUGAGAGAGACAAGAGCGUUCGUGAGCUGGGAGAAUUACAGAACAAACUCAGAGAGAAGAUAAGUCGUGAGGAGCAGCUCCAGCAGAAGUUAUUAGAGGAACAGUUCUCUCUACUGCAGGCUACAGUCACCGAAGCUGAAAACAUCAUACAGGACGCCGUGGCUAAACUCGACGAUCCACUGCACAUCCGAUGUACCAGCUCUCCAGAUUACCUCAUCAGCCGGGCCGAGGCCACGCUUGAUUCCAUUGAUAAAGUCCAGAUCGGCCACUCGGAGUUUGUGAAGAAUAUGAGGGAUGCUGGCGGUCUGGUUAGGGCUCUUACUCAGUUCUCUCAUCUCACCGCCGACACAAUAGCCAAUGGAAGUGCAACGGCGAACAUGGCGCCUACUGACCACGCUGACCGUUUGACAGAGCAUUGUAAGGGUUGUGCCACCCAGAGUCUGCAGUUUCUUCGAGAUCUAAAAUCAAAAGCAUCUCUGAAUAGAGCUGAUCCAGCAUCGAUUCGAGCAGCCGUACAGAAGAUCCUCAGAAUAGCACAGGAUUUGAGGCCAAAAGGAAUGGAUGUUGGGAAAGAUGAAUUGGGUGAUAUGGUGGAUAAGGAAAUGGCUGCUACAUCUGCUGCAAUUGAAGAAGCUGUUAGGAGAAUGGAUGAGAUGAUGAAUCAAGCAAGGAAGGACACAACAGGAGUUAAGCUGGAGGUCAAUGAGAGAAUUUUGUUUAGCUGCACUGAUCUUAUGAAGGCCAUACGUAUGCUGGUGUUGGCAUCAACGGAUCUACAGAAAGAGAUUGUGGAAGGCGGAAGGGGUGCAGCAACAAUUAAAGAGUUUUACGCUCGUAACUCUCGCUGGACUGAAGGUCUUAUAUCUGCCUCUAAAGCUGUAGGAUGGGGUGCGACACAGAUGGUUGAUUCUGCAGAUAGGGUGGUGUUACACACAGGGAAAUAUGAAGAGCUGAUCGUGUGCUCUCAUGAGAUUGCUGCCAGCACCGCACAGCUUGUUGCAGCCUCCAAGGUGAAAGCAGACUCGGGUAGUAGGAAGCUGGGUGUUCUUCAACAGGCCUCACGUACUGUUAAUGAGAAGGCUGCUAAUGUGGUGGCAUCCACCAAAACGGGACUGGACCAGAUCGAGGACAAGGACACCUUUGAUUUCUCUGGCAUGUCUCUGAUCAAGCUUAGAAAAGAAGAAAUGGAGUCGCAGGUGAAGGUUCUGGAGCUGGAGUCCAUGCUGGAUAAUGAGCGUCUGCGUUUGGGUGAGCUCAGGAAGAAGCAUUACGCGAUCGCAGGCGUCCCACUGGAGCAGAUGGAGCAGAAUAAUGGACUACAGAGCCCUUUUCAAAUGACUGCCCCGUCCUCUCCCAAACCAUCUAAACCCGGUGUAAUGAAGAAACCAACCCUUGCCCAAAAACCCAACAUCCCUCCCAAAGCCACAUAUAGAACACAUCUGAGUGAAGAUAUUUGAAGGACGUGUCUAGAAUCAACAUGCAUCAUUUUCAACGUCCUCUUACGAUCCCCGACUCUUUUAAGUUACUUCCUGCUGUAGCUUCAAGGUCAAACUCUCAUCGGUUUCCUGAAGGUUUUUUUUAUUAAAUGUGAAGCUACAGUAUUAGGUGUUUUUCAUGUAUUCCAAAUCUUUCUGUUUUUAAAUAACUGUUUUAUUUAAGUAACACGUAGAAAAUAAUAGAGAAAAUAGUGAGGAGCUUGCUGACCUCAGGUCAGAGAUAACAACUUGCAUAAAUUAUUUUAUAUCUAUGAUCACUGUAAUAUGUUUAAAACGUCUUCAUGUUACAAUAAACUUAAGGGUUAUAUCAUGGUAGGAGAUGAAUAGUGUAACACUAUGUGUAUAUCUAUAGAGUAUUGUAUAUGUCGAGCCUUUUUAAUCGGGAGGUUUUUCAUUGAAUCAGGGUGAAAUGUCUUUUUCUUGAUAAAGUCCACAUCUAUAUAGAUUAUAUUUUAGUCAUGUUUGACGUUUCCUUGUAAUAAAUGUAAAAUGAUUAAUAAAUGUUGAAUGUGUGUGGAUAGCACAGUGAAUAUGUUUAACUCUACAUUUGAUUAAAUAAAAGAAUAAAACAUCAAUAAAAGUCUUUGUGUAUUUUA